UAGUAAAUCCUGUGUCCCAGAGAUGAGGGAACAAGCUCAAGAAGGUGUUCAGGAUGAUCUGCCUCUUGUGCAAGGUCAUGUGGCUCACUCACAGGUGGGACAGCUGGGUUCUCUGCUUGCAGCCACACUUCGGAUGACUUGCGUAUGUGCUGUUUCAGAGCCUCAUUUGUUCUGUAUCCCCUUUAGUUCUCUUUAUCAGGUAUUUCCAUUUCUAAGUUGGGGUAAAUGAAUUUGUUGCAUUUUUUCUUUGCAUGUAAUCUGAAUACAAAUCGUAUAGCUGGGGGCUGGGAGUGGAGCAUGGGAAUGAAAACAUGGAGUGCCUUUUUCUGAAGAUCCGGCAAGAUGGCGGAAGUGGAGCAGAAGAAGAAGCGGACCUUCCGCAAGUUCACCUACCGCGGCGUGGACCUGGACCAGCUGCUGGAUAUGUCCUAUGAGCAGCUGAUGCAACUGUACAGUGCGCGCCAGCGGCGGCGGCUGAACCGGGGCCUGCGCUGCAAGCAGCACUCGCUGUUGAAGCGCCUGCGCAAGGCCAAGAAGGAGGCGCCGCCCCUGGAGAAGCCCGAGGUGGUGAAGACACACCUGCGGGACAUGAUCAUCCUGCCCGAGAUGGUGGGCAGGAUGGUAGGCGUCUACAAUGGCAAGACCUUCAACCAGGUGGAGAUCAAGCCCGAGAUGGUGGGCCAUUACCUGGGGGAGUUCUCCAUCACCUACAAGCCGGUGAAGCACGGCCGGCCCGGCAUCGGCGCCACCCACUCCUCGCGCUUCAUCCCCCUCAAGUAGCCUCCUCAGCCAAUAAAGACACUUCUCUAAAA